AUGACGCUCUGUUCAUAUCUAUCUAUCUAUCUAUCUAUCUAUCUAUCUAUCUAUCUAUCUAUCACGCUCUGUUCAUAUCUGUCUCAUUCUAUUCGUAUCUAUCUAUCUAUCUAUCUAUCUAUCUAUCUAUCUAUCACCGUUUGUCCCUAUAUCUCUCUGCCCAAUGAUAUCUAUCUAUCUAUCUAUCUAUCUAUCUAUCUAUCUAUCUAUCUAUCUAUCUGUUUUUUCUUUUAUAUUUUUCACAUAUAUGUUGUUUUUUUUAUAGAAAAAUGUUUCUAUCUAUCUAUCUAUCUAUCUAUUCUAUCUAUCUAUCUCUCUAUCACCAUUUGUCCCUAUGUUUCUCUCCCCACCUCUCUCUCUCUUUCUCUUUCUCUCUCUCUCUCUCUCUCUCUCUCACUCUCUCUCUCUCUCUCUCAGGGGAAAUUCUAUGGUCUAACUUUUAUUUAUUUUCUUUUAAUUUCCUUCCUCUUUUUUAAUUAUUAUAACACUGCGUUGACUUUAUAUAAAUUAUUUAUUUAUAUAAUUACAUAUUAUAUAAUAUUUCCACUCGUUUUUCUAUCUAAUAAUUUAAUCUAUCUAUCUAUCUAUCUAUCUAUCUAUCUAUCUAUCUAUCUAUCUAUCUCAUUAUUGACUUAUCUUCUUCCUUCCUUAAUCUCUUUAUUCUUUCUUUUCUUUCUUAUUUUGUACCGUUUUUUUUCUCGGUUUUCCUUUUCCCUUUUGGGACUUUUUGCACUGUUAUUUUCUUUCUUUCUUUCUCAAUGUCUAUUUUUCACCUUUUUCUUUUUCUUUAGGAAUUCUUUCCUUAUUUUCUUUCUUUAUUUCUUCGGUUUAUUUCUUUCAGAUUUCUUUCUUUCUCAUUGUCUCGAUUUCUCUUUUAAUUUUUUUCUAAGCUGCGUUUCUUUCUUAGUCGUUUUUUUUAUUUAUUUUUCCCUCCUAUCCUUCUUUCUUUCUUUCUUUCUUUCUUUUUCUCUACAGCUUCUGUCGGUCUUUCUUUUUUUCUUUCGGAAUUUUUCGAAUGAUACUCUCUUUCUUCUUUCUUUCUUUCUUUCUUUCUUUCUUGUAUUCAUGUUCAAAAUUUCCUUCUAUUUUACCACCCUUUCCCCGUCAACCUUUUUCUUUAUCUCUUGUGAAUGUUUCUUCUCUAUUCACAUUUGUCCUCGCAUGUUUCCUUAG